GGAUACAGAACGGAAGUAGCAACAGAGUCCACCCAAAGGAGGUGGAGCAUAGUAAUUCAAUAACAAAUAAGUCAAGCACACUUAAAGCAGUAGGCGGUACGGCUGUGUGUUAAUGCUUGUUAGUAAUUAAGAUCCAUAGGUCUACGUAGAUAGGUAGCCACAUUAUACGACAAUUUUAAGAUGUCAGCGGCAAGUCAAGCGGAAAGAGCUGUCCUGGAGGAGGAGUUCAAAUGGCUUUUGAAAGAGGAGGUCCAUGCCGUCCUCAAGCAGCUGCAGGAUAUACUGAAGGAGGCAUCACGCCGCUUCGCCAUGCCAGCAGCUGGCCUGGAAAGCCAACUCAAACAAGAAAAUUUCAUUCUUGGAAGUUCAACCAUGGAUCAAGUGAAAGGAGUGCUGACAUUACAAGGGGAAGCUCUAACCCAGGCUGAUAUCAAUUUAAAGAUGGCCAAAAGUAAUCAAGUAAUGCAUUUUGCUUUUCGAGACGACAAGCAAUGGAAAAUGCAGCAGAUACAAGAUGCAAGGAACCAUGUGAACCAGGCCCUUCAGCUGCUGAACAGCCGCGAUGAGAGUUACCACUUCAAAACUGGGGCCGAAGUUAACAAGCUGAUGGAUGCAGUGAUGAUGCAGUUGACACGAGCUCGCAAUCGGCUCACCACCCCGGCAACGAUGACGCUGCCUGAGCUGGCCUCCAGUGGUCUCAUGAAAAUGUUCACGCCCCCGAUGCCAGGGGACCUGAUGGUGAACUUCUACAUUAACCUCAGCAAGCUGUGUCUGAUUGUUUACCAGCUGCAUGUCCUGCAACCCAGCACCACCAAGAACUUUAAGCCUGCUGGAAGUUCAGUUUUGCAUAAUCCUGGUGCGAUGUUCGAAAUCAACAACACGAAGUUUGAAGUCAGUCAUGUGCACAAAGUGGAGUGUGUGGUUCCCUGGCUCAACGACACCCUGGUCUUCUUCACCAUCUCCCUGCAGCUCUGUCAGCAGCUGAAAGAUAAGAUAUCUGUAUUCUCCAGCUACUGGAACUAUGGACCAUUCUAGUUACAAGCUGUGGUAGGAGGAUUUCCACAGGUCAAAGUGGUCACAUGGACUUCAUUUACAUAUUUAUUCAGGCUAAAUGAUACAUAAAGGACAUCCUGGAACAUUUAUUUUACUAUCUGUAACACUAAGUCACCCAGGGCACUCAAAAAAGCAUCCUCAGUUCAUUGUGGUAGGUAGGUUGUUUAGGUUUCUGUGAAGGCCAGUAAGGCUUUGGUUUUGUGUAUGUGUACGUACCAGGACAAGUGCUGCAAGGUUGAUAUUGGGUUGAGUAGAAGGAGGAUGAUAUAUGUUCUCAUACUCAAGGUUCUGUCAUUUCAUCAUGGUGUCUUGACUAAGAAAGGGUUGGAAAAUAUUUGAAGAAAUCCAGGAUUUGAAUGCUCACACUGCCUGUAUCUUGCAGAUUUGUACUGACCAAUGCAUUGUUUCAGUAUUUCAUGUUAUGUUUGUUGUUGUAUUUUGUGGAUCUAAUAAUAAUUCCAAUGAAGAGAAAUAACUGAAUUAGAAAAGGGACCCCAGCUGUAUAAAACACAUUUUAAUUUAACGAGUAUAAUCCUAAUAUGUAAAUAAAUUGUGUGUUCAUCAUUCCAUGAAUAGACAAAGCAGUUCAAUUGCCACCUAAACACAAAAACCAAGCCAUGUUUAAUAUUGAAUCAAGGUGGUAGUUGGCUGAUAUUUGUGUUUUGUUUUUUUUUUUUUUAAAGUGAUCACAGUCAUUGAAUACAAUUUUAUUUAUUUAUUUAUUAAAAUGCAAUUGUUUCACUAUGCUUUUACAAAUAUAUGCACUUUUGUUUGUUGCUUAGUCACAAAUUCCUGUAGACCAAUAUCCCUAUAUUCUUUUGUUGAAAUGUAUUGUAAUAUAAAAAAGGAUUUACAGUGA